UCUCUCUCUCUCUCUGGUCCUUUCGAGUCUACCCUGCAUUCCAUCAGAAUCAUUGUGGAGGCAGCCUGGUACUCCCCCCUUCCUCUCCCUCUUCAUCUUCAUCUGACUGUCCAAGUCCCAAAAACCGACCUUUUUGCCUUCUCCGCUCUCUCUCUGUCUCAUGGAUCUCAAGGGUUCCGCCAAGUUGCCCCAAGAGGUCCCCAAGUUCCACCGGGCCCUGGGCCUCCCACAGUCGGACAAGAGGGAACCCACCACGGCCUCAUCAGCGGCAGAAAGCUGCGAUCUUUCGCCUUCCACAACCUCAGGUGGGCGGGAGUUGAAGGCGGUGGCAACAGCAGCAGCAGCGGAGAAGGACGAGCAAAGGCGGCAGCUUGCGCCCAAGAGAAGCUCCAACAAGGAUCGGCACACCAAAGUUGACGGCAGGGGGAGAAGGAUCAGGAUGCCCGCCCUCUGCGCCGCCAGGGUCUUCCAACUCACCCGAGAAUUGGGCCACAAGUCCGACGGGGAGACGAUCCAGUGGCUCCUCCAGCAAGCGGAGCCGGCCAUCAUCGCUGCCACCGGCACGGGGACAAUCCCGGCAUCUGCCCUCGCCGCCGCUGGCUCAGUUCCUAACCCAGGCCCCACCGUCCUUGCAGGGGUCCACCAGAAGCCCGACGAAGCGGGGCAGGGCGCCAUCGCCGCCCUGCGGCCUAACUGGGCCAUGGUUGGGGCUGCAGGCCUCCCUCGGUCGCACCUCGGCUUGUGGCCGCCGCCGGUGGGUGGAUUGAACUCUGGAUUUUUGCUUCCGGCGGUGGCCGCCUCAUCAAGCUCGAAUUUUGGGGCCGGAGGCGGUGGCGAUGUUUCGGCGGGCAGCUUCAUCCAUAGGAUGGCACUACAUGGAAUGGAGUUGCCCAGCGCCAACCUUGGUGCCAUGAGUUUCGCAUCAAUGUUCGGCGGCCAUGGGCAGCAGCUACCCGGACUGGAGCUCGGCCUCUCACAAGAUGCGCAUAUCGGCGUGCUGAAUUCACAGGCUUUGAGCCAGUUCUACCAGCAGAUGACACCAGGAAGAUUGGGAGCCGGUGCUGAUGGCAGUGGACGAUUGCAGCAGCCACAGCAGCAAUCUCAUCUGGCAGAGGAUGAUUCACAGGAGUCACAAGACUAGAGGGAAGUUGAGUUGCAGGAUUACCAGGCAGAAAUUUUCAGUGUUAAGCUGAAGUGAACAGCCAAUUUAAAUUUUCUUUACAGUUGAUUGGUUUUCUACUGUGUGUGAAAGAGAGAGAACAAGUUCACGAGUGAUUCGAUCUGUCUGCCACUCCUUUCUCUGCAAACCUCACUUCUCGAUGUUCAGGUGUAUGGUAGCAGAGCUGAACAGGUCAGCUUGAAACUGGGAAUCUUCUUUACCUUGAGGUGUGUAGAUAAGAGUUUUGGCCAUAUUUGAUAGUUCUUGCUGUUCGGUACAGACAUAGUUGUGAUUGGCUUGUUUGCACAAAUAAAAAUUGGCAUUCUUCCUAUACUUCUUA